ACCCAAUCCACGCGCCGUACUCAUCCGUCGUCUCUUCAUCGUCUUCAUGGCGUUUCUCCUAAUCUUAGGUCUCAUCCUCUUCAUCUUCUUCCUCGUCGUUCGUCCCCAGUUACCAGACGUUUACCUCAACUCCCUCUCCGUCUCCAAUUUCAACGUCUCGAACAAUCAAGUCUCUGGGAAAUGGGAUCUUCAGGUCCAGAUUCGAAACCCUAAUUCGAAGAUGUCACUCUACUACGAUAGUAUCCUCUGCGCUCUGUCUUAUCACCGUGCAUCUCUCUCUGAUACGAGGCUUCAGCCGUUUGAGCAAGGGAAGAAGGAUCAAACGGUGGUUAACGCUACGCUCUCUGUUUCGGGUACUUAUGUGGAAGGACGCUUGGCUGAUGAUAUUGGGAAAGAGAGAGGUGCCAAGGGAAGUGUUGAGUUUGAUUUGAGGAUUAUCUCUUAUGUUACUUUCCGGUACGGUGCUUUCCGGAGGAGGAGAUACGUUACUGUGUAUUGCGAUGAUGUUGCUGUUGGUGUUCCUGUGAGGAGUGGUUCAGGGAAGAUGGUUGGUUCGGCUCAGAGAUGCAAAACUUAUUGAGCCUUAGUGAGUGAGUUUGAGUUUGAGUUUGAGUUUGUUUCUUCCUCUUAGGGGAUGAUUUGUUACUUAACCAAUCUUUUUUAAUUCUCAAUUCCUUGUAAAUCGACUCUGUUCUUUGAUGGAAAACAAAAGUAAAAGAUUCAGCCUGUUAGCUUUCUCAUUA